AUGCCUGCUGACCAGAUUCAAUAUUCUGAUAGAUAUCAAGAUGACAAGUAUGAAUACAGGCAUGUGUCUCUUCCUCCAGAUAUUACAAAACUAGUACCCAAAAACCACCGUAUGACUGAAACAGAAUGGCGCAAUCUUGGUAUUCAGCAGAGUACUGGUUGGGUUCAGUAUAUGAGCCACAACCCAGAACCACACAUUCUUAUGUUCAGGCGCCCAAAGCCAACAGGAGAAUCAUAA